AUUGUUAUGUCAAUUUGACUAACAAAACAAGUUACUGAAACGUAAACGAUGAACGCGAAGAAAAUCUUAUCAAACCCUGCUUUAAAAACCACAAAAGAAAUCCAACUUGACGAGGAAUGGAAUAAUUUCAUGAAGAGAAUCGGCGAAGUAUCGAACUUGGUGAAAGACCUUGCCAGUGGUGAUAAGGCUAAAGCUGAUGCUGCAACUGUAUUAGCUGAUAAAUAUUUAGAAGGAAAGGUUAUUUUAGAUGAAGAUAUAGAAAUGAAAUUUAAAGAUAAUAGAACUGUUAUAAAUCAGAAAGCAUUUCAAGGUCUCGAUAAUAACAAUGCUGGUGAAAUGGGUAAAGAAGCAUGGAUGGCAGAGGUAAGCAAAGACGCGGAGAGACGAGCUGAGGACCGCAAGAUACGUCGCGAGAAGAUGGACACAAUGAAGACACAGGCUAUGAAGGCCUUCCGACGGGGUGAUUACGACAGGGCCCUGUCCUGUUACAAUCGCGCAAUUGAGUUCAUAAGGGACAACCACAUGUUGUACUGCGAUCGUGCACUCACCAACAUCAAACUGGGAAACUAUCGAAAGGUUCUUGACGACUGUGAUUGGGCAUUGCGUUUAAACGAAAAGAGUUUCAAAGCUCGUCUAUACAAAGCUAAAGCAUACAAGGAAUUGGAAGAAAUUGACAAGUUUGAUGAAUGCAAGAAAGAAGUAGAAGAAAUGUUUCCACAACAUCAUGAACUUAUCACUUAUUUUCUUAGUAAGGAGGAAAAUUACGAAGAUAAUGAAAAAUGAAUUUCUUUACGUUUUGUUUUUUGAUUCGAAUUCGAACGAAAGUUCUGUUUUUUCUCAUUAUUUUGUUAUAUAUAAAAUACUCGUGUCACAUUGAAAUUGUUAUAUUUUUAUUUCGUUUGUUUAUUAAUUUUUAUUAAUUAAUUUGCACAUUCGUAUGAUAAUUAAUGCAGAUUAUAUGUUUAAAUGUGCAUAAAAUCAUCGUGAGAACUAAAACUAUUAUUACAGCAUUUAUUUUAACUGGGUCUCUUAUUUCUUCACCGAAUGUGUAAUCUAUAUUGCUGUCAAAAUUACAAGAUAUUAUUUACUUGAUAACAUACUGGCAAUUACAAGAUAAAAACCAUAAUCUUGUUUGAUUUACUAAGUAACGUAAACAGAAACUGAUUGGCGGAUUGCACUUUGAUAAUUGUAAAAUAGACGUGGUGUACAGGUAAUU